GGCAGCUGCCCUAAAGCCACCAAAGGGGUUUUCCAUAGCACAGAAUGUCACACUCAGCAUUAAAACGUGGGAAAGGGGAAGGAGAGGGGAGUCUCUCAUUAUAAAUAUGUCUGUCCACCCAAACAACUGCUACGCGUAUAGAGGCCUUGCUUCCCCACACAUGGUCCAACAUAGCUCGUUGAUUGGAAGUAGAGGAUGAUUUCUUUUUCUCUCUCCAUUCUUCUGCAUGGACAUUGCUUGUUUUUCCCCUCUCCUUUUCCCCUUUAAUUCAAUUAUCCUUCUCUUGACCUGUGAGACUGUUCUGUUCUUUCCAACACACUUUCUUACCUUCCUCUAUUGAUAAGGGGAAGUGAGAGAGCUUUUGUGGUGGAGUUCAGCAGCCCAGCAAAAUAAAACCAUCAGGGAAGGAAAAGAGGGGAAAAAACAAACAAAGAAAACAAAAAAAAAAUAGGCCAAAAAGGAGAGAGGCAAAAUGUUAUUACUCAACACUACCUGGCUCAUGACCAUCCAGUGGCACAGAAAUGACAUCCCCUACAAAAAAGCUCCCUGUUAUAAUUGUACAGCACAAAGUACUUUGUUUUUUUUUUUUUUUUUUCUUUCUUUUCAACAGCAUGAAGCAUGCUUCCAGGUACACUCAGAAAAGGCAGCAAAGGCAGAGAUUUCGGGAAAGGAGCCAGUGCCUUCUUGCCAGACACCCCCAAGACAGGGUGUUGAAGUGACUUCCCUUCUUACAUGGGACACAGGCUGCAGCACCAGGUCUCCCCAUGGAGCUCCUGGCAGGCAGAGGGGCUCAGGCUGCACAGUCUUGCACAAGCAUUAAGAGUACAGGGCGUGAACAUCGGCAGGGUGUGCAGCAGUGCUGUGCCCACGUGGGUGUGGAAGGGAAAGAAAUGGAUUUUGGACAGGCUGCAGAUGUUUGCUAGCCUGAUGGAGAGCUGCAAAGCUAUGAGCCAAAUAUGUCAAUAGGAAAAGAUGAAGGAGGCCUUUGUAGGAAGAAUACUGCCCUUGCGAUACAUGUAAAAACAGCAAGAGUUGUGGUGUGCAAGAGGACAGAAAUAACAGUGGGGGCUCAACAAAAGCAGCGGAAGUAACAGGGGCUGAGGCAGGGCCCUGCUAAUGACAGAGAUGUUUAGUGUGGACAAGGCUCAGGCGGCCACAGAAUGCCCAGAGGACAGCUCCCAGCUGCACUGCAAGCCUCUGCCCCACUGUCCCCAGCUUACAGCAAAGCAGACACCUGAAGGAGACGCUGCUCCCCAAAAGCAGUGCACCAAAAGAUGCUCGGGCAGGCACCAUGGGCAAGGCUGUCUCCUUCUGGCUCUGCCGUCCUGCUGCUGGUGCUCUGUGGCAGCAUGACCUCCCAGGACAUCUGCAGCUCCCCAGGGGAUCUUCCAGCUCCUGCUCUCCAAAUGAACUCAACUUCUGCUCAGCCAGGUACCACAGUUGUGCUCCAGUGUAUUCUCCCUGUGGUGUCACCCGUAAUACGAAUCAUCAUCUGCAAGGAUGGGAAGGAGGUGUACAGUCUGAAAGCCCAUCAAGGGCAGCUGAGCUACUCCCUGGUCCUGAACAUCACGUCAAGAAGCGCAGGAAUAUAUACCUGUGGGUACCAGGAGUGGAAUGAGAUGAAACAGAGGAGGAGCUCUGCCCUCAGUGCUGGCCAAAUCCUGGAUGUCCCUGGCAGUGUGACCACCUCCACAGCAUGGCCGUCAUUGCCAGGCAGCAGCCCUUCACACAAGGCCCAGCUCCCUUCCAGAGGUGAGACAUUGCUCAUCAGCCUUUCCCAGUACAGCCGUCCUCCAAGGCUUGCCUUGGCCACACUGUGUUCCUCCUCUCUCCCAGGGUCAGCCAUGCCCCUGGAGGUCUGGAUCCUGCGCUCUGCCCUCAGCCUGCUCCUGCUGCUGUCUGCCCCAUUAAUCACCCUCCUCCUGGAGAGAUGCAGCCACGGUGCCAAUGAGGCCAUGCAGCCUGGAGACGUCCCUGUCCCCAUGGUGCAAUGAUGUCCCCAUGGGCUCCGUGCUGUCCCCAGCCUGCUCCACAUGCUCAGAACAUGACCGCCACACAUUUGCCAGACUCCCGCUGCUGUUGGGCUGAAGACAGCUGGGGCAGCAUGCCCAAGGGAUGUGCUGCCACUGCUCUGCUUCCCUUGGCUCAGCGCCUGCUCUCUGCUCACAUCAAGGAUUGCCACUGGAUCGUGCACCCUUCCGGCUGCGUUCAACCCCAACACCCACGUGGCUUCACCCCUCCCCACAGAAUCACAUCUUCAAUGCGGGAUCCACCUCUGCAUACCAGGAGAACACAAGGGGUUGGUGUCAUGGCUGCACCCCCAGGCAGCCAUGCUCUGCAGCUCCUGCAUCACUCCAGCACCUCCCUGUGCCCAAGGUGCUGGCCACAAUGGGCACAUCCCCAGGUAAUUACGGUGCCCUGUGUGGAGGCACUUGGUGGGUAUUGGUCCUGGGGGAAGCGAAUUAUAAAGGAUUGGUUCAGAAUGCACAAGCUGAUGUUGCUGCUCUGUAUUUGAGAGGGAAGCCAGAGAGCAGAGCUGGGAGAGCUCCUCUUUGACGGCUGUUUGGGGCCAUGUGUCUUGCAAGGGAGCUCCUGUUCUCUGUGCCCUGCCACCCAAGAGUUCCCCUACCUACUGGCAUUGCCCUGGCAGAUGUGUCAAGGAAAAGUGCCUGAGAUCCCAGGAUGGCUGAGGCCAUGCAAAGGUCCAGGGGGUGGCCAUGCCUGGCACUCUGCAUCCCAUGCCCACCCAUCCCUGUGCUGGAUCUUCUGUCUCUCAGCACGCCAUCUCCAGGAGACAGCCCUGAGCAGGGACAUUGUGCAUGGGGGCAUCCAGCUGUGGGGCAGGUGGGGAUGGGGUCUCAGCAUGGCUGGCCCCCACAUCCACAGCCCAUCCCCAGCCUUGCACAAAGGGGUUUUAGCCAUCCCACACCAAUACCAAGAAGGAGCCAAGGUGUCCCUUCUCUGCAGCUCCCAGUGCUGACAUGUGGGGCCUUGGUGUGCAAUGGGGGACUCUGCGACAAGAUGGGUGCAGGCAGGAGAGGAGCUGCUCAGUUGGCAGACAUAAGGUUGCAAGGCUGCAUGGAGGGAAGGGGGGAAAAGAAAAUGGGGUGAAAACUUAGCAAGACCUGCUUAGAGGCAGAGCUGGAGGGGAUGUGGGUUUCACGCUCCAUCCUGCAAGCACAGUCCCUCACCUCCCAUGCCUUCAUCAAAGCACUUGUCUCACAGCUUCCUUCAGGCCCGUGCAUGCAUGUUUCACAGCACAAGCCUCCAGGAGACACUUCCUCAAAGGGAUUAUACAGAGUUGGGUGGACGGAGCUACUCCUUCAUUCCCAUACAGCCUCCAAAGCUCCCUGGUGAGCGAAUCGUAUUGUGGUGCCAGCUGCAAACUUUCUGAGGGUAACCUCUGACCAGCAUCCUGAGAGUAAUGAAGAUGUUGAGUGGAAUUCGACGUAAUUAGGAAGAAUUUAGGAAGAACUUCUUUAUGAAAAGGGUUGUUAGGAAUUGGAAUGGGCUGCCCAGGGAACUGGUGGAGUCACCAUCCCUGGAGGUCUUUAAAAGACGUUUGGAUGUAGAGCUUAGUGAUAUGGUUUAGUGGAGGACUUGUUAGUGUUAGGUCAGAGGUUGGACUCGAUGAUUUUGAGGUCUCUUCCAACCUAGAAAUUCUGUGAUUCUGUGAUUCUGUGAUUUGGAUCCCUGGAGUACACUACCAGUUAGCAGCCUUCAGCUAAUGUGGUGCAAUUGCCUAAAGUAACUAGGAAAAUAAAACCAACAUUCAUGUUUUAAAGAAAACGUAAAACAUUGAAGAGGCUUUCAGGGUUGGGCAUAGCUGCAUUACCUAAGCGUUCCCUAGGCUUCCAACC